AUGGAACAGCUGCGCCAACUCGUCUCGCUCAUUUCGACUUCCCUGGACACGGUGGAGGAAGUUUUCUCUCGCCACAACCUUGCCGUUCCAACCCUGGACACAGCUUACGACCCUGCCUCGCCCGCUGAGGAAUUGUUGUCCGACCCAGCUGUCUCGACUGCUCUGCUCACCAUCGUUGCUGCCUCUGGCCAGCUUACCGCCACUUUCAGGAAGCCGACAAUCGCAAUACUCAAUGCAGCUGCCCUCUUCAAUGUCUCCGCCGCCAUUAGGACCGUUUCUGAGCUGCAUGUGGCCAAUGUGUUGGAAGAAGCGGGUGCACAGGGGAUGCAUGCGGAAGAGCUGGGAGCAAUAUGUAAAACCGAUGCUCUACAUACAGCCCGCAUUCUCCGCCUAUUGGCCACACACCACAUUUUUAACGAAGUUGCUCCGGAUACCUUCGGAAAUAAUCGGAUAUCAAGCGCGUUGGUGAAGGAGCAUCCUCUACAAGACCUGCUUUCCAGUAGGCGAGAUGAUGCUUUUCAAAUGCGAUCCUACGAGUCGGAGCGCACAGCUUUUGUGGACUUUUUAUUGGGUCGCAGUUCUGAGGUCCCGUUCAAAUGUGCCGCGUACGGACUCGACACUCUCAUCUCGCCCAUCCCAGACCAGCUUCCUUUCAAUCGCGCAUACAGGACGACGGAUACGUUCUACGAGUGGCUCAGCAGCUCCGAAAACGAGCAUCUUCGUCGCAGAUUAGACGUCGGGAUGCGCGCGACGGAGCAGACACGAAUUAGAGAUGAGAUCUUCCGCGCAUUUUUAGGCUUCCCCUGGAGCAAUUUGCCUCCCGGGAGUAUUCUCGUGGACGUCGGAGGUGGCGUCGGGAGCGUAACAUUGCAAAUUGCGACACGCUAUCCGGCAUUGCGUGUCAUUGUCCAAGAUUUGGAGCAGGUUGCGGAGGCUGCUGCGGAGUUAUGGCGCCUGAAAUUUCCUUCGCACAUUGAAAACCAGAUGAUGGAAUUCCAAGGUACCGUAUCCACGAUUUUUUCACCCCCCCAACCCGCCACACUGUCUUCCUCGACUUCACCGGCGGUGAUCUUCGUUUUACGUUACAUCCUCCACAACUGGGACGAUCUCCGGGCCAUAUCCAUCCUCAAACAUCUUCGUGCGGUCGCCGCGACACGCAAAAUGAGUGUCAAAAAUGCGAUCACCAAAGUCGUCAUCAUUGAGACGGUUCCCGCAUUGGCGACUCGCACACGAAGCUCGGUGCACAUAGACCCCGAAGAAACAGCAGAACUCCGUGCUCCUGAACCACUACUACCGAACUGGGGCAUUGCGAACACGGAGGCGUAUUUUCUGGAUAUGGCGAUGCACCAACUUGCUGGUGCAAGAGAACGACCUUUGGAGAGUUAUCGAGAGAUUAUGCGAGAAGCAGGUUGGAAGCUCGAGAGUGUCUUCCAUGGCGGACCGCCGGUGUCUUGGGAGUUGAGCCAUCUUGUCGGAGAUCCGAUGUGA